UCGGGGCCUACACUUGUAGGACUCAGAACUUCUGCCCCCGUGAAAUUUUUCCGUAUGUUACCAAAAAAUGAAAACAUAUUUAUGUCUACAUACCUAUAAUGUAUACAUUUACAUUGUUCUAUCUCAACAUUUCUUUCUCGAUAUAACUAAAACUCACUCUAAAGGUAUUUUGUUUAAAUUCGUAUUUUGUUAAAUCGAUAUAGCUGGUAGCAAAACAUUGAUCAAUUACAGUAAGGUGACUUAAAUUAUGUUAACUUAUCUCAAUACAAGACAAACUUUUUGCAAAUUUAAAACGACAUAAUAGUUAAUAUGUUGAUAAGAGGAUAAAAAGUAUGACAGUGUUUAAGUUAUAACACAACAAGUGUAGGCCCCGAUACACCGUCCGUAAAGUUCAGCGAAUAUCUUAAAAAAGAAGAUAUAGGUUUAUGUAAGAACUCUUGACCUUUCCAAACCCUGCAUCCAUCACUACUAGUUAAUGCUAUUUUUCAUGUUGCACACCGCAGGCUUUAUAAUUAUGCAGUUCUCUCUGUGUCAAAACUCACGGAGAAACGUUACCUGACUUUACAACUAACAACUGUGAUUCAUGUAAGUAAUUUUCGUAAUAUUGUGUAUUGUUAUUACUUAUUGUAGAAGAAAAGGCAGGUUUGCACCGUAAACGGGUAGUGUAUGACACUAUGAAAUAUUUACAUUAAACUUUAUAAAACAGGUAAACAAGGAAUUCUUUUUUUAUAUUUUGCUUUCUUAAAGAGUAUAUCCGUUAUGACUUUAUAGUUGUCUACUUAGCGAUGUCUAUACUUUUCGCAUUAAGGGAAUAAAGCCAACUUUCUGCAACGUCGAAUUUAAAGAAAAAUGGCAGAAUGGCUGUUUCAUUAUUUCAUUAACAUAUAUAUGUAAUUCUUUGGGGGAAGGGGGGAGGGUUUUAUUUUUACCAGUGAUGCACCUUUGUGCAAGAGCCGACGAAUUGUUUCAUUUCACCAGCGUCUUGUUUGAAUCUGGUAAAGGCUCGUCCACGUCUGUCAUCAAGUAUGUACAUGUAUUAGAUAAACAAUGCUCAUUUGCAAAUAGAUAUCCAGUGUUGCAAAUUUUACUGCACGUUUUAUCAGGCAAGGGGAAAAAAUUAACACUAACAACAAGUACAUUCUUUGUUAUCUCAGAAAAAAAACUGUGUCAAAUAUCUAGAUAAAUUUUUGUUGACGACGAUGCGAAUAGAAGGAAGCGAUAAUUUUGGGAUCUGUUCAUCUGUCAUGAAAUUCUUCAUAAUUUUGAUCAUCUGCUCAGGGUCUAUUAUAUGUGCCACCUGUGAGGAGGCCUGUGUGGACAAAUUACCAGACUGUGCUAGUUACACCACGCGAUCCUGCAAACCUCCAUACGUGCAAUGGGCUUACAAGAACUGUCCAUCUUCCUGUGGAUUCUGUCGCAAGCCAUGUAUAGACAACUUGGGUGAUUGUGAGGAAUACGGCAAAGCAGCAUGCGCACCUCCAUAUGAAAAAUGGGCGAGGCAAAACUGUGCCAAAUACUGCGGAUACUGUGGACCAGAUAUAGAUUGUGCAUAUGGUGUUUGGAUGAAUUUGUCGUCGUGCUCAGAGUCAACGAGCGACAGUGAAUGGUAUGUACAAGUAAGAUCGAUCACUCCUGAGUCUAAUGACGAAGAUGAUUCGCCAAGGAACUGUGAUGAAACUUUGAUUCGGUAUAAUUCUUGCAAAGAUUCACAAGUGACUCAACAAAGUGAUCUUAAUUAUAUUGGGGAACAUCUUGAUAUUCGCCUUGCAGUUGUCGAUAAUCUGAAACAUAAUGGAUUGAAACACAAACUUAGCCUUGUAUUGACGAACACAGGAAAAAAAACAGUAAAGCCUGGUGAUUGGAGUAUCUACUUUUAUAGCUUUUUAAUGAUAGAGCCUGAACACUUGCCAAAGGCCAAGGAAUACAUUUUGCCGCAUUACAAUCUAAAACUGAUGCAUAUAAAGGGAAGUCUGUUUAGUAUCACCCCAACGAAUGGAUUUCCGAAUUUAAGAUAUAACCAGUCUCAUUACUCCGAGUUUUUUACCCAAUACUGGAGCGUGACAAAGACAGAUGGGAUGUCCAACUGGUACGUUGCGGCACCGUCAUUCGAAGCCGUCAAUAUUGCAUCUACUGCAUUUGGAAAGAAAUUUAUUGAUAACUUCACUUCAGUGCGACAGUGGAAGAGAACCAGGGCAGACCGCUAUAAUCCAUUUACAGCACAGGCACGCUAUAGACGUUACACUAUUCAGGAUUUUGAAAAGGCUAUAAAACUAGUAAUUCCAACUCCAAAACUUGUGAAUCGAAAUUCUGAUGGUUUUCUAAGUGUCAUAAAUUUAUCUGUUUCAUACGAGUCCCUGUUGAAAGAAACUGCAAGUUUUUUAUCAGAAAAACUGAAUUUAACAUAAUUACUUGGCAGUGCAACCAAAAGAAGACACAACACGAUACAACUCUCGGUCAAUCCUACUAUUAGCAACAAAAGUGAAGCCUAUUAUAUAGAUGUACAGAUUUCGAAUAAAUCAAUAAAUAUCAUUGGACAAUCUUCAUCAGCAGUAUACUAUGGCGUCCAAUCGUUGCUUAGUUUAGUAGCCGGCUCGCCUGACAAUGCUAGUGUCCCAGACGUGUAUAUUGAAGACGAACCUCGUUAUGAAUUUCGAGGAAUGCACGUAGAUGUCGCUCGGAACUUCCGCCCAAAAUCCGAUAUCAUUCGCUUGAUGGACGGAAUGGCUAUGUACAAAAUGAAUAAACUUCAUUUACAUCUGAGUGAUGAUGAAGGGUGGAGGAUUGAAAUUCCCGGAUUACCAGAACUUACAGAAGUUUCAGGAAAAAGAUGUCAUGACCUCACAGAAAGAAAAUGCUUAGUGCCGCAACUUGGUUCUGGUGCAGAUACAUCUACAUCUGGUUCAGGAUAUUACACUGUGUCAGACUACAAGGACAUUAUAAAGGAAGCUCAUAGACGCCAUAUUGAAGUCAUACCGGAAAUAGACACACCUGGUCACUUCCGCGCCGCAAUUAAAGCUAUGGAAGCGAGGUUUUUGAAGUAUGGAAAGGAAAAUAUUACCGCAGCCAAAGAGUACCGACUAGUCGAAAGUGGUGACUCAAGCAAGUAUUCAUCUGUUCAAAUGUUUAAUGACAACGCUUUGAAUCCAUGUAUAGACUCGACAUAUUGGUUCUAUGAAAAAGUAAUAACAGAAAUCCAAAAGAUGCACGUUGGGUUGACUUUCUUUCAUUUUGGGGGCGAUGAAGUAGCCAAUGGAGUUUGGUUAAAUUCUACAAAAUGUCGCCAUUUGGCUUACUCCAGAAAUUUCACCGAGCCGAUAUCAGUUCAUUUGAAAAAAUAUUAUGUCCACCGUGUCGCAAAUAUUUCUCAUCGCCUGGGACUUAAUCUUGCUGGAUGGGAAGAUGGAUUUGUUGAUGAAAAAGGAAUCCCCUACAAUCGAAUGUCUUUACCAAAUAAAGAAGUAUACACAAAUGCUUGGCAAAAUAUCUGGGAAUGGGGAAGUGCAAAGAGGGCAUACAUACUUGCAAACAAUGAUUAUAAGGUUGUAAUGUCACAGGCAACUCAUCUGUAUUUUGAUUCGCCACCUGAGCCUGACCCAGAAGAGCCUGGACUUUAUUGGGCCUCACGGUUCAUAGACACCAUGAAAACAUUUCAGUUUCUUCCAGAUAGGUUGUAUGAAAACAUCGAUGCUAAUCGGUUUGGCGAGCCACUAACAAACACAGACGUGUGUGGGCAAAGAAAUGAACAAUGUCCCGCAUUAAUAAAGAGAAACAACAUUAUUGGUGUACAAGGUCAUAUAUGGAGCGAAACGAUAAUGACGUCAGGAACUUUUGACUAUAUGCUGUUUCCCAGAAUUUUAUCUGUAGCGGAGAGAGCUUGGCAUAAAGCAUCAUGGGAAGACUUAGAUACACCAGAAAGAACUCAAACCUCAUUCACAGACUGGGAAGAAUUUGCUAACACAAUAGCUUACAAAGAACUAGAUCGACUUCAGAGUUGAGGGAUAAAGUACAGAAUUCCUCUACCUGGAGCUAUAAAGAUAAAUGGCACCUUCCAUGCCAACACAGAGUUUCCAGGUCACAUUGUUCAAUACAGUUAUGACGAGGGUGUAACUUGGUUUGAUGUUUUUGACGGAUUCCAUCCAAAACGAAAUACGAUUUUGCUUCGUUCAAGUACUCAAAACAGAGAACGCGUCAGCAGGCCAAUCCCAUUUCAUUUGGACGAGCCUGUGCCAUUAUCAGUCCAGCAUCAGGUUGAUUACUUAGCUGAAAACAUUGUGAUUAGUUACAACGUUGUAAGCAACAUAGAAACAAACCAAACUUUUACGGCGAACGUUACGAUAAUAAACAAAGGGAAGGAAGACAUUUUCUAUGGAAACUGGGAAAUAUACUUCUUUUCAACACAUCUUAUUCAACCUGAUAGCUACCCUUAUCCGAAAGGAUAUCUUCUGCCAAACUGCGACAUGAAAGUGUUUCAUGUAGCCGGAUCUUUAUUUAAAUUAAAACCAGAAAGGCAAUUUCACUUGUCCAAUAAAAAUGGUGUAACAUGUACAUUAAAAGCACAGGGUUACCAGGUGGCAAGGAGUGACUCCAUGCCCAAUUGGUACGUUGCAGCCGAAGGUAUGCAAGCCAAAGAAAUCUUGUUCACGAGGAACGAGACAUUGCUUUUUGUAGGGCCUUUAAAUCAACCAGAACAGUAUCUACGUUUUCAAGGAGACGUCCUUUCUCCAUUUACACCGGAAGAAAGAUUUCAAAUUAAUGACGCCACAAACAAGAAAGACACUGAGCCCAAACAUGUCAUUCCUACCCCGGUGCACAUACAUUUCAACAACAGGAGUAUAAUAAUUGAUGACACGUGGGUGAUGCAUGUAUCGACUGAUUUCCCUAACGAAUCAAUGUUGAUUGCAGAUUUAUUAAACAUCAGCACCAGCUUAAGAAAGACAUCGAUAAAAUAUAUUGAACUUCAAAAGUUAUCGCAUGUGCAUAUUCUUGAUAACAACCGCACUAGAGACGAAGCGUAUGAAAUCAAUGCAUCGCCCCACGCCAUCACAAUUUCAGCCCAAACAAGUAAAGGAGCAUUUUACGCCUACAAGACGCUAGCAUUUUUAAAAGAAACCCGCAAUGGAUCAAACCAUCUUCAAGUAUUUACAAUAAGAGACCAGCCUCGAUUUCCAUACCGAGGACUGCAUCUCGAUGUCAGCAGAAAUUUUCAACCGAAAAAAGAAAUUUACAAGCUCUUGGAAGUCAUUUCUAUGUACAAGUUGAACACACUUCACUUUCACCUGACGGAUGAUGAAGGAUGGCGCCUUGAGAUCCCGGGGAUUCCUGAGUUGACAGCGGUGGGUUCAACAAGAUGCCACGAUCCCCAAGAGGAGGAGUGCGUUGUUCCUCAACUUGGAUCAGGGGCGUCUAAAACUGCGUAUGGUUCCGGUUAUUAUACAAUCAACGAUUAUAAAGAUAUCCUCAGAUAUGCCAACGAUCGUCAUAUUCGCGUUAUACCGGAAAUAUCGCUACCAAUUCAUACACAUGCAGCGAAAAGGGCAAUGGAACUCCAAUACCGAAAGUACAUGAACUAUGGGAAUAAAUCCGCUGCUCAUCAGUUCCUUUUGACGGAUUUCGAGGAUAAAACAGAGUAUUUGACAAUGCAGAUGUUUAAGGAUAACGCCAUUAAUAUAUGCAUGAAUUCAACAUAUGAAUUUAUUCGCCACGUAGUUAGAUCUAUCAAAGAUAUGCAUGUCGACAUUCAACCCUUACGGACGCUACAUAUAGGAGGUGAUGGAAUGGCUGAUGUUUGGUCCAACUCAUCUGAUUGUCAAACCCAAAAGAUAGUCAAUGGUGUAAAUGACACCCACCAUUUACGACAAUACUUUGUCUCUAAAGUUUCAAAGAUAUUAGAUGACGAGGGUUUAAGAAUGGCUGUCUUUGAAGACGUUCUGAGUAAUGAAAAUACCCUAUUGAAUGUGACCGAAAUAUCCCCUAAAAGAGAUGUGAUGGUUCUGAACUGGAACAAUAUAUGUGAAUGGGGCAACGGAGAGAGUGCUUAUAAGCUGGCUAAUGCAGGUUACAAUGUCGUAAUCGGGCACGCGACUCACCUAUAUCUGGACCAUACACACGAGCCCGACCCAAAAGAACGCGGUGCCUCCUGGGCAUCGCGAUACAUAGACACUCGGAAAAUAUUCGGCUUUGUACCUUCAAAUAUAUACCACAAUCCUGAUCAAGACUCCAAUAACAAACCUUUCACACAAAUUGACAUUUGUCCAUCAAAUGGGAUAUGUACAACAUUAAAGAGACCAGAAAAUAUCAUCGGUAUGCAAGUGCAAGUUUGGACAGAGGCAAUGCGGACCGUUGAAGAACUUCAUGAAAUGAUUUUUCCAAGACUGCUGGGCGUAGCUGAACGCGCGUGGCAUGAGGCAUUGUGGGAAAAAACAGAAGAUAAAGUGGAGAGAAUCCGCAAAACUAAUGAAGAAUGGACCUCGUUUUCAGCGGCUUUGGCAAAAGAGUUCAUGAGAUUGGACAAAAUGGGGGUCAUGUACAGAUUACCUCCUCCAGGGGCAAGGUUGAUAAAUGGAGCUGUUAGAGUGAAUACGGCGUUUCCGAGGAUGCAUGUAGAAUUCAGCCUUGAUAAUGAACAAUCAUGGUCUGUGGUGACGACAGACAUGAUUAUUGUGGGAAAAGAAGACGUACACUUUCGAACGAGGUCUGCUGAUGGGUCGCGUUUUAGCCGAGUUGUAACUAUCAAAGGAAAUUGACAUUUUUGUAAUUAAGUUUGUCCAUUUUUUUUCUUUGAGUUCGUACUUAUAAUUUGAUAAUAAAUAGUUCAUCCAUUAUUUAUGCAUUAUUAACAAGAAUGGAGGAGGAGUAGCAGUCUAUAAGUGUUUCCUAUUUCUUUUAAGUUGUGUAUAUUUAGGUUAAUAAUCAGUCUAUCUCUCUUGUUUAGGGUUGAUUUUCUGAAUCAUUCUGGCAACUAAAUGAAUGACACUAUCACAUAUUGUGUUAAUAACGAUUACUUUAUCUACAUAGCAAUUCAAGCAUAUUUUAAUUUUUUCAGUAUCUUUAUACAAAAAAACAACAUAUAAAUCAGUAGAAACUAUGCGUAACGAUCUCAAUCGACAACGUGUUCGAACAGAGGAAAUUUGAGCUGAUAUCUGUACAAUGUUCAUAAAAGUAUUGGCUAACAUAAAAAAAGUUCUAAAUUGCCAGUGUUCUUUUGCUUUGAAUAACAACAUGGUGGAAAAGGACGAGUUUUAAA